UGAGGUGGGCGAGCCGCUCCCGAUUUACUGCUUGGCGGUCGAUUGCAGGACUCUCUGAUUUACCUCCACCUGGGGAUUGAGGGGCUGUGUGAGGAGCGCCUGACGUUUUGCUAUGUGGCCCCGGCGCUGUAGUGGUAGUUCACUGGAAUAGGUGGGACGGCGACGCCAUUGCUAUUCUGCUCCACCGUCUCUUGUCCAGGUUCCAAUAUCGCCUGACGGGCGAUGGCCACGGAUCCGUUCCUCCGUUCCAAUUCUGACCUAAUCGAGGGUGUCGUUGACUACCGAGGACGUCCCGCCUCCAGAUCGGCCUCCGGCCGCUGGACAGCCGCAAGCUUCAUCAUGGGGGUGGAGAUCCCCGAACGGAUGGCUUACUAUGGGAUCUCCGCCAACAUAAUCUCCUACCUCACCGGUCCUCUCCGAGUGUCGACGGCAGAUGCCGCGGCGGCGAUCAACGUGUGGAAUGGUGUGGGGUCGCUGCUGCCAAUCCUGGGCGGCCUUGUCGCCGAUUGCUACCUGGGUCGCUUCCGGACCAUCCUUAUCUCUUCCUUCCUUUAUUUACUGGGCUUAGGCAUGCUGACGUUAUCAUCUGUUUUGCCAAGCUUCUACUCGUUAAAAUAUGAAGGUGCAAGUAUUGCAGAUCAAACGACUUGCCCACCUUCCAUCGGCCUUGUCUUGCUAUAUAUUUCCUUGUAUCUGGUGUCAAUUGCUCAAGCAGGAUUCAAGCCCUGCGUGCAAGCAUUUGGAGCUGAUCAGUUUGACCAAGGCGAUCCCAGGGAACUCAUCUCAAGGGGAAUAUUCUUCAACUGGUGGUACUUUGGAAUGUGCAUGGGCAUUGUGGUCGCCAUUGCAUUCUCAAGCUAUGUCCAGGACAAUAUUGGUUGGGGUCUUGGGUUCGGAAUCCCAUGCAUGGUGAUGUUAUCAUCUCUUUUGAUGCUCUUGCUUGGAACUAGGACUUACCGCUUCUACCUUUCCCAAGAGGUCCCAAUUGCUUGUAUCUGCAAUAGAUUUCUUGCCCUUACAAGAAAAUUGUUACAAAACCUUAGAUUUAUAGCUGAAGAAGAUAUAGGACUGCACCAAUCUGAGACUGGAGAUGUAGAAGCUACAAGGUUGCUUCGAUUAUUCCCUAUAUGGUCAAUGUGCUUGAUGUAUACGGUUGUUUAUGCUCAGUCAGCAACCUUGUUCACAAAGCAAGGAAGGACAUUGGACACACGAAUCAGCGUUAAACUUCAUGUGCCACCAGCAGCUCUGCAAUGUUUCAUAGCUGCUUCCAUAGUUCUGUGUAUUCCGAUCUAUGAUCGAGUUCUUGUGCCAAUGGCCAGGAAGUUGACAAAACUUCCUUCCGGCAUCACAAUGCUUCAAAGAAUUGGCACAGGAAUGGUAAUCUCCAUAGUCUCUAUGUCGGUUGCAGCUUUGGUGGAGAAGAGGAGGCUCAGGAUUGCUGAAGAAUUUGACCUCUUGGAUAAGCCUGAAGCCACAAUUCCAAUGAGCUUAUGGUGGUUGCUUCCUCAGUACAUAUUGAUGGGGAUUUCUGAAGUUUUCACCUUAAUUGGCAUGCAGGAAUUCUUCUAUGACCAGGUACCUGAUGGAUUGAGGAGUUUUGGGCUCGCCCUUUACUGUGGCAUCUUCGGCAUAGGUAGCUUUGUCAGUGGAUUUAUGAUAACUGUAAUUGACAAAACAACAAGAAGAGGUGGGGAGAGUUGGUUUGCCAACAAUUUGAACCAUGCUCACCUGAAUUACUUCUAUUGGCUUCUUGCUGGACUCAGUGCAUUGCAAUUUGUUCUCUAUCUCUAUUUCGCAAGAGAUUAUGUGUACAAGAAAAACCAAGAUACUGCAACCAUAUGAGUAUAUUUCCACAAUGUGUUUCAGGACUUGUAUGAUAUUACUGAGAACAAAAUUACAGGUUUUUCUAAAUAUUUAAUUUCUCCAAACUUAUGGGAAUUGGUUGAAUCCAUAAAUUUCAUUUCUCCAA